AAGUCAUCAGUCUAUUAUCCCCUGCCUUUCUUUCUUCAUCUAUUCUCUUCUCGAAAUGAUUUCGUUUGAAGGCGCCAAAACCUAGCGAUCGAAGGCAGUUGAUUCGACGGACCAGAAAUGGCUCAGGCGGCGAGGCUCAGCCUGAGAAUGCACAAGGAGCUCAAGCUCCUUCUCACCGACCCGCCUCCGGGCGCUUCCUUUCCGCUUCUCUCCGCCGACUCCGAUCUUUGUUCCGCCGUAUCUUUCUCCGCCAUCGACGCCCAGAUUGAAGGUCCCGAAGGAACUGUUUAUGCGAAGGGGAUUUUCAAGAUUAAGAUUCGGAUACCUGAAAGGUACCCCUUUCAGCCUCCAAUUGUGACCUUUGCAACGCCAAUCUAUCACCCGAAUAUCGACACUGGAGGCCGGAUUUGUCUUGACAUUCUCAACCUUCCUCCUAAGGGUGCAUGGCAACCAUCUUUGAACAUUUCAACUGUGUUGACGAGCAUUGGGUUGUUACUUAGUGAACCAAACCCUGAAGAUGGCCUAAUGUGUGAAGCAAGCAGGGAGUACAAAUAUAACAGACAGGCCUUUGAUCAGAAGGCACGAUCAAUGACAGAGAAAUAUGCCAGGUCUGGAGUAAGUGGGCAUGAUACCACCAGUGAAUGCUUUCAAGCUCAAUCAGAUGAAAGGAUGAUGGAAACUAAAGGGUCGGAUCCCAUGAAGACUGAACUUGAUGAGUGCUCUCUAAGUCAAAGAAAGCCAUAUGGGAUGAACCAAAAGUUGUCCUUGGAGUCUUCUUGGUUAUUUCGUGAGAAGGAACCAGAGGAAAGAGUCAGCGGAGCACCUAUUCAUCAUCUUGGGCACAACCGAAAAGAAGAUAAAAGGCCAGAAGAAGAGUCCAAACCGAGCUUGGAUGAGUACUUUCAGAAUCAUGAGAACCGAAGGUGGACAAAACGGAAAUUAUCACUUGAAUCCUUGGGUCCUCCGGAGACAAGAUAUGAUGCUGAGGAGAAUUUGGUGUCUACCCACCACACAUCCUUGUUUAACUCCCCGGUUAUUGUCAUGACGUCUACAGAGUGCUCUAGAGUCCCGCCAGAUAGUCACCACAAUGAGAAACAGCCUCGUCAUGAUGGUGAUAGUAAAUCAAUAAAUGAUACUGUGAAUAGUAGUUCGUCUUCAAGCUGGAAUGGACAGAAUCUUUCACUAAAAUCUGGGAAGUCCAUCCAAACAAGUGAUAAUAUUAAAGUGAAACUGCAUUCCAUGCCUCAACUAUUCACUUCCCAGUCCAAUGCUACCGUCUCAAAUGGGACAUUCCUACAGCCUACGACUAGCCACACUCAAGAACGACCCAAAAGAGAUUGGACUCACAGAACAGGGGCUGAGUUCAACAAUACUGCAAAAUGCAAGAAGCAAGGUCUGACAGGCAAGAAGCUGUCUUGCGGGCUUCUAGGCGCUUCCCAAGGUCAGGAAAAUGAUAAAAAAGAAAAUGUGGCUCCAACCCCCAAUAGUCUUUCUUCAGAAUCAACCAUGUUACUGUUGAAUCCGCAGGUUGGGGAGCAUUAUGGUUAUGUGGCAAAUGACUGUAGCACAAAGGUUAGUAAGAACAAUGGCGGGAUUGCAGACAAAUUUCCACCCUAUUCUCCAGGUUAUUUGCUAGGGAGCAAUAACUGCACUGUUUAUCCAAAUCUUGAUUCCCUGCCUGCACUGAAUGACUGCAAAAUUGACGCAAACCAGCAGCUUAUGCGAUAUGAUGAUGAGAAAUUUGCCGGAGUGAUCAAAGAACAGGAGGCAGGGUCACCAUUAUCUGAAGCUGUGAUUGUUUUGGACAGUGAUGAUAGUGAGGAAGAAAGCGGCGGAUGUUUAAGGUCUAGAUUGUUGCUUGGGCGGAAACGCUUGCCAGGGAAGUGGAAAGCCUGAGCUUGAAAGUAAAAAAUCCCCGAUUCAAGUGUCAAUGCUCAUGUGGUCUCUAACUUUUGAGGAUGGUUUGCAGCUAGGGAUUUUUGUGGGAUUUUAUGACCAACAUAACGUAGAGAAAAUGUUUAAUGAGAUGAUUAAAAGCUUAAGCUAAGCUUGCGAAUGUCUUGCAUUUUUUAAUGUCAUUAUUGGAAAUGCUAGUAACUUCGCUUCCCUCGUCAUGCAUACCCUCUACAAGGCAAUGCAAUGGUGGGGCUACUGUAGUAUAGAUUUGUUUGAACUUUGAAUUGAUAGAAAUAUUAAAUGCAAAUAUGUUUAAUAUUAAAUGCAAA